AUGACGAAAGCCGUUGAAAAGGUACUCGCACAAUUUAAGGAAAGGUUUGACAGACAUCCGAAAGCAGCACAAUUCGACGACGGAAAGGAAUUCUACAAUGUAGGAGUAAAGACGUUGUUAAAUGAUCACGAUGUUCAUUACUUUUCCACGAGAACCUUCCGGAAAGCUGUACUCGUCGAGAGAUUUAAUAAGACUUUGAAAACAAGAAUGUGGAAAUAUUUUACGGAAAACAAGACGAAAGUUUGGGUGGACGUUCUACCUACCCUCGUCAAAUCCUAUAAUAAUUCCACGCACAGGACGAUCGGGAUGAAACCGGCGGAUGUGAACGAGGAGAACAAGGACGAAGUUUGGACAGGGUUUAUGGAUAUCCACUGGACAGUUUUCCGAAACCCAAGUUCAAAGUCGGGGAUCACGUCAGGGUGGAGAUAA